UGAUACGCGUUGCUUGGUGACAAGGUAGCCGCGGAUGAUAUUAUCAUGAUACUUUUUAAGAGGAUGGAGUUGGUGUUUCAUGCAACCGCAAUAAUGUAAUUAUUUAAUGAAGCUGGAUAGUUUAUAAAACGAUAAUUCUGGUCUAAAUUGCCAAAUGAAGAAUCAUGGAGAGUUACACUUUCAUCAAAGUUGUAGGGAAAGGCAGCUACGGAGAGGUGAACCUGGUCAAACACAAAACCGAAGCAAAGCAGUACGUCGUCAAGAAGUUGAAUUUGAGGACGUCCUCAAAGAGGGAGCGACGAGCCGCGGAACAAGAAGCUCAGCUUCUAUCGCAGCUGCGACAUCCGAACAUUGUGACAUACAGAGAGUCAUGGGAGGGAGAAGACUGUCAACUUUAUAUCGUGAUGGGCUUCUGCGAGGGGGGUGACCUCUACCACAGGCUACGGCAACAGAAGGGCGAGCUGCUCCACGAGAGACAGGUGGUGGAGUGGUUUGUCCAAAUCGCCAUGGCCUUACAGUAUUUACAUGAAAAACACAUCUUGCAUCGGGAUUUGAAAACUCAGAACAUCUUUCUGACCAAGACCAACAUAAUCAAGGUGGGAGACCUCGGAAUUGCUCGAGUACUGGAGAACCAAAACGACAUGGCCAGCACUCUCAUUGGGACCCCUUAUUACAUGAGCCCAGAACUAUUCUCCAACAAACCGUACAACUACAAGUCAGAUGUUUGGGCCCUGGGAUGUUGUGUAUAUGAAAUGGCCACACUGAAGCAUGCCUUUAAUGCAAAGGACAUGAACUCCUUGGUGUACCGUAUAGUUGGGGGAAAGCUCCCUGAGAUGCCCAGCAAGUAUAACCCCCAGCUCGGCGAGCUCAUUAAGAGCAUGCUCAGUAAGAAGCCAGAGGAGCGUCCAGAAGUCAAGCAUAUCCUCCGGCAGCCCUACAUCAAACGGCAGAUCUCCGUCUUUCUGGAAGCCACAAAGGAGAAAACGGCAAAAUCAAAAAAGAAAGCUCCUUGUAACAGGCCUGGGAGUGCGGCUGCCCCUGAACUGUCAGCAAAUUCCAAACCCGAAUGCCACCCUCAAGCCCUGGACCUACAUAAAAGGGAGAAGAUGAAGGAAGAACAUCAGGUGAAGCAUCUGCCCAGCAACAGCAGUAAAGCGCCGGAACCCCAGAACUCCCCACAACCGCCAACCCCAAAACCUCAGCCAACAGAGGAACUAAAUAGCCCAGGAGCAUCCAUAGCUACACUCAGCAACAUCGAUAUCGACAUGCAACCCGCCAAGGAGAGGAAACACAAUAAGACGAAGCCUGUGUUGUCACCCCAGGCGCAGGAGAAGAGGGCCAGGACAGCACACCCCACCCCUUCUGAGUCUCGUCAGAGGAAACAGGCACUGGAUGUGGCCAGCAGUGCCGGAGAGGAGAAGAAACCACCCAGUAUCCCAGUGUGGGAGGACCUUCCCUCCCAGCCUGAGCUCACUGCUGUGAGCGAUGGGGCUGUGGUGCCCACAGAAGGACAGAAUAAUCUCACAAAUAUGGAGGAUAGAGAUGACACCAUUAAACUGCUCCAGGAAGCGGGAGCCUGGAAACAAACCCCGGAGGUGAAGAACUUGGACUCAACAGAAAAACUCCUUGAACCUUUUGUUCCUCUCAUAAUGGAGCCUGAAAGCCGGGAUGCACUCCCCUGUUCUCCAGUGCAGAGCAACCCUCGGCUGCAGCCCCCCUCCUCUGCCUCUGAGCCCUCCCUGUCCCGCCUGCGCAGGCAGAGGAGCAAGGGGACGGUGCAGGAGAACCAUAGCAACCAGGCCAGUUUUACAGAAGUCCCUCCCAGGCCUCUGCCAUCUCCUCCCAGCGAUGUUGUCAUGGGGAACGUGAAAAAGAAGGGCCAGGGGGAACGAGCAGGAAAGAUCAAGGUUACCGCGUCAUCGUCUUCCCAGAUCAGCUGCUCUGCCUCUGGGGACAGCGUCAUUACAGCAGCACAGAAACGUCCGCUGUCAGCUCGAGAGCGGAGGCGGCUGAAGCAGUCCCAGGAAGAAUUCUCCUAUCCGGUUCUACCUGCACUGAGGAGAGAAUCGUGUGACAUCACUGCGGAGAGGAAGGUGUCAGACUCCCAAACUGCCUCAGUCAGAUGCUCGGCAUCUGAUGUCCCAGCCAAAACAACCGUGCAGCGAGGUGGUUCAUCCCGGAGACAGUCAGACGAGGAUGACUGCGGCUCAUCCACCAGCUCCACGGACCGCUCAGAGGGGGACAGCAAAGAGGGGAAGAGCGAGUCCAGCGAAAUGCAGGACCUGGUUCAGCUGAUGACGCAGACAUUACAAAUGGAUUCCAGAGAGGUGGUGUGCGAGCCGGAUGCCCCGGGGCCUGCAGCCCGAGCUGAGUUCAAACUGAACAGGAGGUACAGGGACACCCUGGUCCUGCACGGCAAGGCCACCGAGCAGCAGGACGGAUUCCGCUUCAAUGAGUUUCCCUCAGAUUCUCCCUCUGGCCCUGCAAAGAUCAGAAGAGCGAUUGAAUAUUUACGGACUGACGUGGUGAAGGGACUGGGGGUAAAGCUUUUAGACCGAGUGCUGGAUAUUAUGGAAGAAGAUGAUGAGAAGGCACGAGAGGUGCACCUUCGGGAGCAAAUGGGAGAGGACAAGUACAAGGCCUAUGCAGUGAUGGUGCGGCAGCUGAAAUUCUUUGAAGAUGUUGCCUUUCGGGAAACAAGUGUCUACUGAGCGCAUUCUAUCGCAUUGGCCAGGACUGUGUCUUAUAAACUGUUGUGAAUAAAAUAGGAAGAACCUCGUGUAUAAAACUAGAAAAAGUUAAUGCAGAAGUAGCAAUAUUUACUGUAUACUUUUGAUGAUGUAUAUAUAGUUCAUAUUGGUUUUUUUUCUACAGUUCAAGGUGUACCUAAAAAUAUUGUAUUGCACAAUUAAUAUGCAAAAGAAAAGUUGAAUGGACGCUAUGCAAUGCGGUCACAAUGUGCUCACAUUGGCUUUUCAGGCUCUGAUGUUAAAGAGCUGUGUUAGCCUCAGUACGAGUGCCUCACUCAGUUUAUCACCUUCUGACUAGAAGACACUAGUCUUUCCGGCUGUUUCCUUCACUCACGGCCAGAGUAAAUGUCCUUGUCAUUGUGACAAAAAUGACCCCAUAGCUCUGCACAGGUGUAGUCUGGCUAAUUUCUCCAAGUUAUUAUCAGCCAAUUACUAUUUGCCUCAGUAAGCACUAGUCCCACGUGAAUUUGUGUCCUAAAGUCAGUCAUUGAAACUGUUUUGGGGCUUUUGUAUCGUUUAUGUUUGUCGACAUUUCACAAGAAAAUAGGAUUCAAAAGUUGUGCAAAGAAAUAGGAGAAAUUGUACUUGUUGAAAUGCAUACAUUUCCUUCAAUGUAUGAAAUUUGUUCUAAAAUAUACAGUAUAUUUGAUGAAACAUGACUCAUAUUAUCAGCUGUAUGUGUUGAUAAAUGUUUGUCAUUGUUUACGUAACGGAGCAUUAAUUUGCUUAAUAAAAUAUGCAAGCCUGUAAAUCAUGCAA